GGUGCGCGUCUGCGGAGCUCAGCUGGAGGGAGCCGGCUUCGUGCAGGGGAGAGGAGCUAGUCCUGAAGACAGAGCCGGAGGGACAAAGUCCGGGGGAUGGCAGCCCUGGGGCGCGCGUCCUCGCUGCUGUCGCUGCUGCCGCUGCUGCUGGUGCCCGCUGCGGGCGCAGGGGGCGCGCGGUGGCGCGGGGAGGGCACCAGCCCGCACCUACGGAGCAUCUUUCUGGGCCGCUGCGCGGAGUACAGCUCCCUGCUGAGCCCGGAGCUGCGGGACAAGAACUGCACAGCUAUCUGGGAAGCCUUUAAAGUGGUUCUGGACAAGGAUCCCUGUUCUGUAUUUCCCUCGGACUAUGACCUUUUUAUUAGCCUCUCCAGACACUCCAUUCCCAGGGACAAGUCCCUGUUCUGGGAAAACAACCACCUCCUCGUCACUAGCUAUGCGGAGAAUGCCCGUCGCUUUAUGCCUCUGUGUGAUGUUCUGUAUGGCAGGAUUGGAGAUUUUCUGAGCUGGUGUCGACAGGAAAAUGCCUCCGGGCUCGAUUAUCAGUCCUGCCCUACGUCAGAAGAUUGUGAGAACAACCCUGUGGAUUCUUACUGGAAAAUGGCAUCUAUGCAGUAUUCGAGGGAUAGUACUGGGGUGAUCCAUGUCAUGCUGAACGGUUCAGAGCCCAAAGGAGCCUAUCCUGUUAAAGGGUUUUUUGCAGAUUUUGAAAUUCCCUACCUCCAAAAGGAUAAAAUCACACGAAUUGAGAUCUGGGUUAUGCAUGAAAUCGGGAGACCAAAGGUGGAAUCCUGUGGAGAAGGCAGUGUGAAAAUCCUGGAAGAGAGACUGGAAAAAAUGGGCUUUCAGUACCGCUGUAUUAAUGAUCACCUACCAGUGAAGCUCUUAAUGUGCGUGGACCACAGCACUCAUCCUGACUGUGCCUUAAACUCAAAAUUCCACUGGCUCAACCUACAGAUUGAUGGAGUAUGCAGUCACCUACCAGAACCAGCCUGUCUAGCAGUCAGAGCAGUAACCUCCACUCGAAGAGAAGCCCCACCCCUCUGUGCAGAACAUGGUGCCAGCCUCUUCAUUCCUUUCUUAGUGGUUCUGGCUUCAGUUAUUCAACUGUGACUGGAAGCCCAGCUGUGCUGCCCUACCAUCCCCCAGCCCUGAAGCCCGCCCUUGCGCAUUCCUCCGUCUUGUUCUGUGCAUACCAGGUGGUUCCACUGUCUAAAGAAGCUUCCUUCUGGGAAAAAAAUGUUAAUGUUUUCAAUGAUACACAAGCUCGGGAUUUCAGAGACAAGAAAUUAGUCUAGUUCUCCUUAGCAGGUUAAAAUUGCUGCAUUAGAAUGAAAGCAAGUUAUUAGUUUCUUGUGUCAUAUUGUAUAAAGCAUUGAGACCCAGACUAUUGUUACAUAAUAAAAUAUUUUUAGAAAAUUCUAGUAGAAUUAGAUUUUAUAUUUUUUCUGAAUUUUCCUAUAUCCCCUGUGGGGCACACUGCUUGCUUAUUGAUAGCUUAAGAUAUAUAUACACUCUAUAAAUGUAUAUAUAUUUGAUGUGCAAAGAUUUAUGAAUAAAGGUGUUCACUUAAUGGUUAUGUAUAAUGGGGGGGUGAAACUCAUAAUGUCCAAUAAUGGGGAACUGUUUUCAUAUGGUUUGCUAUAUCUGUAGGUUAGAAUCGCGUUCAACUGGUAAAAGUCAUGUUUACCAAUCCAAAUGUCCUUCAGCUGGUGAACGGAUGGGCUCACUGUGGUACAUCUAUACAAUACUCAGCAACACUCUCUAUAUAGUCAGAAAGAAAAUGUUACAUGAGUAACACUCAAAUGUGCUAAUACAAGAAGCCAGACCAAUAGGCGACAUACUGUAUUAUUCUACUUAUAUGACAUUCUGGAACAGGCAACACUGUAGGAAUGGAGAAUAGAUCAGUGGUAGCAAAGGGUUAGGACUAGGGGGAGGGGGUAACUACAAAGGGGUAGUGUGAGGGAAUUUUGGGGGAGUGAGAAACUGUUCUGUAUCUUGAUUGUGGUAGUGAAUCUAUGUCAACACUUAGAACCGUAUAUCAAAAAGAGUAAAUUUCACUGUGUGUAACUGAAAUGUUUUCAAAGAACAUUUAAUGAUAUAGAAAAAUGUCAACAAGAAGUACAAGAAGUGAGAUAUAAAACCUUCUAAAAUAUAAUACAAAUUUAGCAAAUUCUAUUAUGAUAUGCAUAUUGUAAACAAAUGAAAGAAAAAGUAAUAAACUCAAAGGCAGAGCAAUUA